AUGAUGCCUCAUGGCGCCGCCUACGACGAUGGUGAGCUGGAGAUCUCUCUGGCACCAUCUGCCAACCGCCGCGCAAACAACAAGCCUCCAGAUGCAAGCACUCGACGAGCUCCAAAUGGCAUCCAUCAUCGUUCUGUUGAGCCGGUGCCGCAGAAGAAGGCCGAGCAGCGUAUCGGCGCCUACCAUAUCAUAAAGACGCUCGGCGAGGGUUCCUUUGGCAAGGUCAAGCUGGCGGUGCAUCGUGUGACGAACCAGCAGGUGGCACUCAAAAUUAUAGCUAGGAAGAAGCUCAUCAGUCGUGAUAUGGCUGGUCGGGUAGAGCGGGAAAUUGAGUAUCUACAGCUGCUUAGACAUCCGCAUAUCAUCAAGCUAUAUACCGUCAUCAAGACUCCCAUGGAGAUCAUCAUGGUGCUCGAAUAUGCCGGCGGCGAACUCUUUGACUAUAUCGUCCAGAACGGAAAGAUGAAGGAGAAUGAGGCGAGGAGGUUUUUCCAGCAAAUCAUCUGCGCUGUUGAAUAUUGCCACAGACAUAAGAUUGUACAUCGGGAUUUGAAGCCUGAGAAUCUACUGCUCGACGAAAACUUGAAUGUCAAGAUCGCCGACUUUGGUCUCAGUAACAUCAUGACGGACGGAAACUUCUUGAAGACAAGCUGUGGGAGCCCCAACUAUGCGGCACCGGAAGUCAUCAAUGGGAAACUAUACGCUGGCCCCGAAGUUGAUGUUUGGAGUUGCGGGGUAAUCUUAUAUGUUCUUCUGGUGGGACGUUUGCCUUUUGAUGACGAACAUAUUCCCUCCCUGUUUGCCAAAAUUGCCAAGGGGCACUACGUGGUUCCAAACUACAUGAGCUCUGGGGCAGCUGCGCUGAUUAGGAAGAUGUUAGCAGUCAAUCCGGUUUACAGAGCCACAAUCGAAGAGAUCCGACUAGACCCAUGGUUCGUGGAGAACUUGCCGGCGUAUCUUCAGCCACCAGUUGAGGAGUUUAUCGAUACUGGAGUUGACCCUUCAAAAGCAAUCAUUCCCAAGAACAUUGCUCCACACGCAACCGAGGCAGUGCAGGUGAAGCUUCACGACCAAGUCACGGAGAAGAUCAGCAAGACAAUGGGAUAUGGUAUCAGAGAUGUUCAAGAGGCUUUAGCAGCUGAUGAACCGUCAGCGAUCAAGGAUGCUUACUUGAUCGUCAGAGAAAACAAGCUGAUGCAAGCAAAUCGUAAGCACCUUCAGGAAACGCAGCUUGUUUCCGCGCAAGAGACGCCAGACGGAACAUCACAAAGUUCCGGACGGAGGAACUCUUCGACUCCUGUUCCUGUUAGUCAAAACAGAACUGACAACCAAGCAGCAAAUCUUUCAGAUGACACAGGAAAGUUGUUAUUCCAAGUACCUUCUCCACCAGCGUGGAAUGAUGGUAUCAAGCUUGACACUACUCCCUCCUCACCAUCACCUCCACCCCCACCUAUAGAGGACAAUGCCCCGAGUCCGGCACCACUACAAUCUCGACCAAGCCCUCUCCUAGAUGCCAUGUCACCACGUUCUUCAAGCUCACUCGGCACUGACAGAUCUAUUCGACCCUAUGUCAGUAAGAUUGGUAUCCUCCCGAGCAGUCUACCUGCAUAUCACAGAGACUUUAUGGAAGCUCGAAAGAAUGGCAGAGUUGUAGGGAGCGCUCUCUCGACUGCCCAUUCGGAAGCAGACGAACCACACCCUCAAACAGAAGCGGAGAAGGCCGAGACGGCUCGCCGUCUUAACCCUCAUUCUCGUAGUCAAAUCAAGCUCGACGAAGCCAAUAAAAGACCUACUGGAAUGACCCCCGUUCCGCAAAGGAAACCAAAACCCACAAAGUGGCAAUUCGGUAUUCGCUCACGCAAUCAACCACUGGAGGCUAUCGGAUGCAUUUAUCGUGCCUUGCAGAAGCUCGGCGCUGAAUGGGUAGUAGAUGAAGACUGGGAACCAUCCCAAGGAGGAGAUAUUCAAGAAGACAGUACGAAUAAUAACAGCUUUGUAUCAAAUGGCAGUGGAGCAUCUCUACAUCAUGCCGAGUCAAUGACCAACGAUGCGGGAGGAUCUGGCAAUAUGAGAUUUGACAAAGUCGAUCCAAACGCACCAUACAAGUUACCAGCAGAUCCAUGGGUUCUUCGCGUCCGUUGGCGCAAAGACGACCUCAGACGCCAGUCCCUAGUCUCUCUCAGCAGCGUAGGUGGUGGCGCACAAGCAGACCUUUCUUCGCCUCCCAGAACCGCAAAUUUUGUACCCCUCGAACCCGUCGAGAGUGUAGCCAUGCAUCUCGACAUCCAGCUCUACGAGAUGGAGCCCGGGGUGUACCUCGUAGAUUUCAAGUGCGCGGGCUAUGAGACAGCAGACGGCAUGUUACUAGAAGAAAAGGAUGUUACUUCGCCAUUCCCAUUUUUGGAUUUGGCUUCGAAGCUAAUCAUCCAGCUUGCCGAGGCGGAUUGA